CUUUAUAGGAGUUAUUAAUUACAAUAUAGUAAUUAAGAUCAAGGUUAGAUGUAGGUGUAAUGUUUCAAUAAUAUGGUUCUGCAAAGAAAAUCUAGCACCAGCUCAUAAGAAGACAUUUAUAAACUACAUGUACAUCUCUACACAAAUAAGAAGUUAAAAAGGAGCUGAAGCAAAAUUCAGGAAUAGACACAGAUAUUUUUAAGAAAAGAGAAUAAGAUGAAAGUGCUCAUAGUGACUUCGCUGCUUCUGUUUGACGUCUGCAUAUGCAUGCGUGGAAAUGGAAGAUAUAGAGGAAAUGUUAGAAAUGAACUGGUUAAGUUCAUGAGUGAUUUCAAAGCAGCGCUGAUGGACCCAAAAUGUUCAGUGGACCUUGACUGUUCAGGAGCUGCAAUGCUUUUCACAGAGGAUGCAAUUAUGUCAGUACAAGAUGUGCCACCUGCAUAUGGAACAGCUGAAGUUGUGAAGGUCAUACAGGCAUUCAAGAAUCAGGACCGUAAUAUAUAUCUGGGCGCUAGUUUUGAAGAUAUCACCCAGUGCAAGGGUAUAAUUACCGCAUAUGGAAAAGGCACUGUAUUUUCAUUGGAUGCACAGGAUCAACCAAUGGCACUCUAUCAAAAAAAUUUGGUGUUCACCUUCCACAGGGAAAAGGAGAGAAGAAAAGGAAGGAAGCUGAAGCUGAAAUACUGGGUUGACAACAAUAUUCCAUAACCUGCCUCAUAAUGUGGCCAAAAAGCAACCAAGUAUUAUACCAACAUCUGAAAAGAUCUUGAAUCCAAAUGCCUAUUUUACAAGGCCUUGUAGACAAAAACAUUUUUAAUUUUCUAUGUAUGCGUGCACAUCACAUGUAUAUCUUGAUACUGAAUUGAUGUUUAUCUGGGUAAUAAACUUGCUGACCAUCCCAUUUUGAUAGUUCAGUUGUGUUGGUGGAGUCGUAUGUACAGUAGAACCUGUGUA